UUUACGCAUGCGCUUAUCAAUUUCAAAAUGGCGGAUGUUACUCGARUGCGAGAAGCAAAAGGCUUUUAUUCACAAUUGAAUUCAGCUAGUUCGGGGGAUUUACUUUGGGGAGGGAUAAAGAAGAGAAGAAGUGUUAAGAGUUUAGGGAUUUUUGCUGUGGAGAGGGUAAUUUCAAGAAGGAAAGAAGGAUCAAAGACUCAAUAUUUAAUAAAAUGGGAGGGGUACAGUAGCUACGAAAACACCUGGGAGGACGAGGAAAACCUUACUGAAGAUCUUAUCAGAAACUAUGAAUCACCACACGUAGAGGUAUCAAGGCUCCAAAAGAACAGGGACAAUCUCAGGGCUGCUUUUGCAUCCAAGCUAAAAAGUAGAAACCUGGUCCCAAUUACGAUUGAUUUUGAUCAUGAUUGUUUUCGGGUUUUAUUUAAUGGGAAGGGUAGAAAAUCCAGGGAUGGGAAAUACAUAUUAAUGGAAAAGAGGGACUUUGAUUAUUGUAAUUGGGAAAAUGAUUGAGAUAUAAUUUAUAAUAAGAAUUUAGAGGGGUCUAGAAUUAUAUUUCCAAUUAAAUUAAAGAUAUAUCUUGGAAAAUCACCAAAAUUAUACAAAAGGGGGAAAAAUGGUAUUGCUAAUGUAGCUCAGCAAAUGUAUAUAGAAAAAUUAACUUUUGAUUUAUUGAGGAAACCUUUCUCAGUGAUUACAAAUGAAUUAUAAAAGUGAAUCCAUAACAAUAUUGUGUAAUACCCUUAUUUCUUAUUGGUUGACUUAUCUACAUGCACAUAGUAUUUGUUUACACAAUAUUGUAUACAUAUAAUAUAUAUUUAUUUUUUACAUUGCAAAAGAUAUUUUAAGAAGAUUACACUUAUAAAGAUUAUGUUUAAUAUAUAUGAGUGGCUUUACUUAGCCUAAGGAAUAGCUAAUAGACAUAGACAUUAUCAAACCUAGAUUCUUUUGUAUUCUUUAUGUCUAUUAUAAAUAGUUGUACAGCAAAUAUUAGUUUCUGUUUCACCCGUUAAAUAAAACCACUCAAAAAAAUACUACUUUUCUAUAAAAAGAAUUAUUAUUACAUAGAUUCUAUUUUUUAUUUUACUAUCAAUUACCUAAAGCAUUCUUAAGUAGCUGUAURWGMUCURCCUUAUUCAUUUUGCUUAGACCCUUUAUGUUUCUUGAUGAUAAUUCUUGUUUUAAUUCUUUGACAGUCAAUUUUUCAGGGUUAAUAUCAUUAAUAUCUGGAACACUCAAUUGUGUAUUAGAAGCACUAGUUCCACAAACAGUUUCUGGAGAACUCUGAUUGAUUCUUCUCCUUUUCUGUCUAGUUGUUCUUAUAUCCGCUUCCCAAUAAUCACUUUUGUGCUUAGAAUAGGAUCUUUUAUCCCUUUCCCUAUCCCUAAGGUGCCAUUGCCUAUGCUCUUGUUGCAAUAUAUCUGCAACAGCAUUCCACUUGUUGGAUUUUCUGUGGACUACAGAUCUUGCCACAUCAUUAUUUUUUUCUACACCCUGACCUGUGAAUAUUUUUAUUCCUUUGUAUAGUUUAAAAAAGUGGGGUAUAUGAGCAAACAUUAUGUGCAUAUAAGGAGUUACCCUUUUACUUUCAUACCCAUCAAGCUUACCAGAAAGUGAACAAAAUUCAUCUAUCCACUUACCAGCUUGAAUUCCAAAAGUAGAUGGUAGUGUGUUUGGUUCCCAGUUGUUAAUCAAGUUGUAUAAACUAUUGAAAUUCAACCAUAACUUACUUACUGCAGAACUAGUAUCAGGUCUUAGUACAUCAUUUAGCUUUUGAGGUAAUUGAUUGAGAAGGGUUUUUUCUCUGUUCCCAUAAGACUUGUCCAGUCAUAUUUCCCACUGGAUGACUGAUCAACAUUCCGUUUUUCCCAAACAUCAAAGGUGAUGCCAAGUGACCGUAUUGCAGAAAUAAGAUUUUUUAAAUGGAUGCCUUUUUCCUCCCCACCUUUUUUGUCCCAGUCAUCCUCCCUGUCCCAAUCAAUUACUUCAUUAACAAUGUUAUUAGUAAGUACAUCACUUAUGCGUAGCAUUAAAUGUAGUUCAUCAACAAUUACAUGAUCAAGAUCAAUAUUGAUUAGUGGUUUAUGUUCACAGCAAAAAUUAUCUUUAGACUUAGUACAUGACUCAACAAGCUCUUUGAGUGUUCUAGCCAUUGGAGGUUUAUUGUGGUAAUUAAAAUCAUUAGUGGUUUUCCAUCUUUCAUCUUUAUGCACCUUGCACCAUGCACAGGCAUAAUGUGAAGUAGCCCCUUUUAAACCAAGCAUUAGUAGCAGAAAUUUGUAAUCACCACCCAGAAAAAACUCUAAGUUAAUUGUUUUAUCAUUAAUUGUUAAUUUACCAGAAGCAAUGAAGCUGUUAAUCUCCUCAAAAACAGAGCCAAAAGCCUCUUUUAAGGUGGUAUAUGAUUCAGAAGCACUAACAGCUGCAAUUGUUCUGUUACCUUUAGCUGACAUGACAUUAGCACCAGUUUGUAAAAUAGAAAAUGAGAGUAAAAUAAAAUUAGAAUUCCUUGUCA